CAAAAAAAAAUGACCUUUAAUUUUUCCGGUUUGGGCGGGCCAAAUUCCAGGAAAUUAGCCCAGUUCUACCCCCACACCAAACUCGACCGCGUCAGAGCCGAGGAAUCCAACCAAAUACUCUCCCCCCCAUCCCUCACAACCGAACAGCGCCGGAUUUUAGCAAGAGAAACAAUGAGGCUGGCAUUCGAGCACCUCGCUUCAAGGGUCGUUUUUGCGCUGAGGGAACUCCAGCCUGUGAGCGAGGCUGACAAGAGGCAUGGUACCGGGAGGAAUGAUCUGAAAAGAUUGAAGGGGCUGUUGAGGGGAGGACAAAAGAUCGAGACGUUGGUGCUGUCGGGGGGUGUGGCGUCGAAUAAAUUCCUGAGACACGUCCUGAGGAGUGUCCUCGAUCAGAGGGGGUGGCCUGAUAUAAAGCUGGCUGCUCCGCCUGUGAGUCUUUGUACCGACAACGCGGCCAUGAUUGCGUGGGCGGGGAUGGAGAUGUUCGAGACGGAGGGGGUGGAGACUGAUUUGGGAGUGAGGUCGAUUCAACGCUGGUCGUUGGAUGGGAGUCUUGGAGAGGAGGGGACGAGGGGGGUGAUGGGGGUUGACGGGUGGCUCAAGAGGCAGAAGAUGUAA